AUGGUUCAGGCGGCCGAAGCGGCGGCCCCGCCGGGGCCACGCAAAGGCAACGAUGCCCAAGAGACCCGCCUCCAUAAACUGGAGUCCGGCUCGCCGAAGCCGACGUGGAAAGAGGUCACGGUCGGUUUCAUAAUGAGGACCAAAAUCCACGGUUUGAAGUUCGCCUUCUCUCCGGACAAGUCCAAACCGCAGCGGGUCAUCUGGAUCAUGGCCUUCUUUGUUUGCGCGAGUCUCCUGUGCACCUGGUCCUGGAACCGAAUCCUCUACCUGAUGUCCUACCCGGCCGUCACGAAGAUCUCCAUGGUGUGGGCUCACAACAUGCCCUUCCCGGCGGUCACCUUCUGCAACAAGAACAUGUUCCGCGUGUCCUCCCUGACCAAGGAGGACCUGUACCACAGCGGCUACUGGCUGGACCUCAUGCACCCGAACCACACCGUGAUGGAGAGGGGCCUGUCGGUCCUCAAAGACGGCCACAGACGGGGCCUCCUGAGCCUGCUGGACUUCCACAACUACACCCCGCCCUCCGGCUACAGCGUCAACACCACCGAGAUGAUGGGUCGCCUCGGCCACCAGUUGGAGGACGUGCUGCUGGAGUGCAGGUUCCGAGGGGAAGGCUGCACCCACAAGAACUUCAGCACUAUUUACACGCGCUACGGGAAAUGCUACACGUUCAACUCCGGAAAAGACGGCAACCCGCUGCUGACCACGUUGAAAGGCGGCACGGGGAACGGCCUGGAGAUCAUGCUGGACAUCCAGCAGGACGAAUACCUGCCGGUUUGGGCAGAGACAGACGAGACAUCCUACGAAGCCGGCAUCAAGGUUCAGAUCCACAGCCAGGACGAGCCGCCCUUCAUCGACCAGCUGGGGUUCGGCGUGGCCCCCGGGUUUCAGACCUUCGUGUCAUGCCAACAACAACUGCUCCAGUACCUCCCGCCGCCGUGGGGAGACUGCAAGUCGACUCCCAUGAACUCUGAAUACUUCUCCACGUACAGCAUCACCGCCUGCCGCAUCGACUGCGAGACGCGGUACCUGCUGGAGAACUGCAACUGCCGAAUGGUCCACAUGCCCGGCACCUCAACAGUCUGCACACCUGAGCAGUACAAGGACUGUGCUGACCCGGCUCUAGACUUUUUGGUGGAGAAAGACAACGACUACUGCAUCUGUGAGACCCCGUGCAACAUGACUCGCUAUGGCAAGGAGCUGUCCAUGGUGAAGAUCCCCAGUAAGGCGUCUGCUAAAUAUCUGGCCAAGAAAUUCAACAAAACGGAGCAAUAUAUUGGAGAAAGCAUAUUGGUCAUGGACAUCUUCUUUGAAGCUCUGAAUUAUGAGAAGAUUGAGCAGAAGAAGGCCUAUGAAAUUGCAGGGCUUCUGGGGGACAUCGGGGGUCAGAUGGGGCUGUUCAUCGGAGCCAGCGUCUUAACAAUACUGGAAAUAUUUGACUACUUAUAUGAGGUGUUUAAGGAGAAGGUGUUGGGCUACUUCAGACGGAAGAAAAAACAACAGCCAUGUCAGAGCGACAAUCUGGAGUUUCCAGAGAACCCAACCAGCCCUGGUGUCACGCCUAAUCAUGCCCCCAGAGCACCUGUGACACCCUCCGGAGUCACUCGGACAGUCUCGGAUUCACGCCGAACAUGUUACCUCGUCACCCAACUCUAG